AGCCGAGGCGCUGCAGACACGUCAUGACGCAUGACGCCACGUGGUAGGCUCGGGUCACGUGACCGGUAUUGCGAGGAAGCGGAGUCCAUCAGAAAAAAAUCCUCCCGAGAUGAAUCGAGCAAUUAUUAACACGGUGUUUGCGCUUUUAUGCCUUUUAUCAGGUGUUUUGGGUGACAGUUUGACUGUUUUGCGCAGCCCGCAGUACGUCACCUUUCGGGAUGGACAGUGGCCCAUAUCAGGAGAAAAGAUCCCUGAUCUAGUCGCCCUGACCAUGGGAUUCUCUGUCCAUGAGGAUCUUGAUUGGCCUGGUCUGGCUGCCGGUUCGCUGUUCCAACGUCCGCGUGCAAAUGCUCUUAUCGUCGUGCGUGGCUUGGACAGCCUCGACUUUCCGAGAAACAUUUCCUCUUACCCUCUCGAAAAUCCGGUUCCGUUCACCCUGGACAGUGUGGCAAACACGGUGCACACUCUGUUUGCUGACAGCACGCCUGUGGUCUUGCAGCUCGCCCCAAGUGAGGAGAGGCUGUAUAUGAUGGGAAUGGCCAACACCGUGUUCGAGGACCUGCCCGUGACCCUGCAGCAGAUCCGUGGACGUCUGUCCCAGGACGGAUCCAUCCUCACGUCCCUUCCUCUCAUCUCUCUCAGUCGUAAUAACGAGGCCGAUCUUCUGUUCCUCUCGGAGGUUCAGGUGCUGUACGACAUCUCAGCUCUGUUGCAGAAACACAAGCAUCUGGCCAAAGACCCGGCUCCUGACCUGUACUCUCUGGAGCUGGCGGGGUUGGAGGAGAUCGUCCGCCGCUACGGCCGAGACUCCCCUCAGUUCACCGACGCCACCAGAAUCCUGACGUCUGCACUGCAGAAGUUCGCAGACGAUGUCGCCAGUGUCUAUGCAAACAACGCGGUUGUAGAAGUCGUGACUGUGAAGACGUUCGAAGCCCCUUUGACCAGGAAGUCACGCUCCAUCCUCGAGUCCAAGCAGAUCAGUAACCCAGGCAGCCCUUACAACCUGGCCUACAAGUACGACUACGAUUACGCUGUGGUCUUUAACAUUGUCCUGUGGCUGAUGAUCGUCUUAGCUUUAUCCGUCAUCGUGAUCUCGUACAACCUCUGGAACAUGGAUCCCGGAUACGACAGCAUCAUCUACAGGAUGACCAAUCAGAAGAUCCGAAUGGACUGAUGUCAUCCACCGCAUCACAUUCCAUUUUGUGUGUUGCAUUCGAAUGCGUUUUAUUGUUUUGAUGUGUUCACCACAGUAUUUGCUUGUAUAAUUGCUUCAAUCAAA